GACUCUGACUUCCUUCUUCUGGGGACAGGACCUAAAGCUGCUUUGCUUGCAGGCGAAGAGGCAAGCGUGGCAAGAGAGCAGUUCACACCGUGAAGAGCUGGAGAACAGAAUAUUCACUGUGGAGAAAAGAGGAGGAAAAUCCAAAAUCAGUGAGAGGUGUUUGCCAUAAAGAAAGGUGUGGCUGGUUGAGACACACUGGUUGUACCYGACUGCUUGCAAAGUGAGGAAGGAYCUGAUUGCUGGAACUUGGACGGUGGAGAGGGCAGGAGAGCACCUCCUCCACCCCAGGAGUGCUCAUGGCAGGAAAGGCACCCACUUCAGACUGCUCUCAUCUCAUUGACCACAGCCACGUCCCYGAGUUUGAGGUGGCUCUGUGGAUCAAGAUCACCCUGGCCUUGAUCUACRUCUGCAUAUUUGUUGCGGGCCUCUUGGGCAACAGCGUCACCAUCAARGCCACCAGGAUCCUGCAGAGGAAAGGCUACCUGCAGAAGGAGGUUACGGACCACAUGGUGAGCCUGGCCUGCUCUGACCUGCUGGUCAUCCUGCUGGGAAUGCCCGUGGAGUUCUACAGURCCAUCUGGAGCCCCUUUUCUGCCCCCAACGGCAACAUUGCCUGCAAGCUCUACCGCUUCCUCUUCGAGGCGUGCAGCUAYGCCACGCUGCUGCACGUGGCCACGCUCAGCUUCGAGAGGUACGUGGCCAUCUGCCACCCCUUCAAGUUCAAGGCGGUGUCGGGCCCCCGCACGGUGAAGCUGCUCAUCGCCUUCGUCUGGGGCACCUCUGUCAUCGUGGCUCUGCCCCUGCUCUUCGCCAUGGGCACGGAGUAUCCCCUGGAGACCAUCGAGGGCUACCAGAGGAUGAGCUCCUGCAUCAAACCCACGCCCAGGCACUACCUGCCCGAGCUGAAGCACAACAUGACCAUCUGCACCAACCUCUCCUCCAGGUGGGCUCUGUUCCAGGCCAGCGUCUUCAGCGCCUUCGCUGUGUACAUGGCCGUGCUGGGCUCGGUCACCUUCAUGUGCCACAGCAUGAUGAAAGCCCUGAUGCUGCACAAGGAAGGSACGGUGGCAGUGAAGGGGGGGCUGAAGCACCAGAAGGAGUACCUAAGGAAAAGUGAAAGUUCCGAGGGCAAGAGCUCCAGGAGACAGAUCAUUUUAUUCCUGGGGCUGAUCAUCGCCACUCUGGCCGUUUGCUGGAUGCCCAACCAGGUGCAGAGGAUCAUGGCUGCUGCCAAACCCAAGCAGGACUGGACCGUGCCCUACUUCAAAGCCUACAUCACCCUCCUUCCCAUCGCCGACAUCUUCUUCUACCUCAGCUCGGUGGUGAACCCGCUGCUGUACAACAUCUCCUCUCAGCAGUUCCGCCGCGUGUUCCUGCAGGUGCUGCGCUGCCGCCUCUCGCUGCAGCACGCCAACAGGGAGAGGUUCCUCCGCAACAACCAGAGCUCCGCGGCCAGGAGCACCCGCUCCCUGCGCCCGCUGCUCUUCAUGUCCUCCAGGCGCGGUUCUUCCRCCAAGGGCAACGCCAAAGUUCUCCUGAGCACCUUCCAGAAGGAGCCCACGCCCGGCUGCAGCACACAGGAACCGGGUCCUGCASCACCAGAUCCCAGCCUGGAUUCAGUGCCCGUCGAGAAUGGCUCAGAGCCCCAUCCCGUCGCACAGAACGGCCUUUGUGAACAUCAAGUAUGA